AAGGUGUCAAUUUAAAAAAACAGUUACGUACGCGGUUCUUUGUAAAAUUGAAAUAAAAAUUUAUAAAAUUGGAAAAUGGCAGAAUUUGCUACUCCUAUCAAGAAAAAUAAAGGAUCUGAUACUAAUGAAACUAUUACAAUUCCACCGUCGCCAUUCUUACCCCGAAUCGGUUAUGGUACAGGAGUAAAUGUGGUGCAGCUGGUUAGAUCACCCCGAGCAGGUCAAAUUCGGUCACCAUGGGCGUUGAAGAUGCUUAACAAGAGAGUGAAGCCAUGCAAAGUGUACUCUGAACGAAUAAAAGUUGAGGCAGAGCUGCUGCAACGCAUGUCACACCCUAAUAUUGUUGGGUUCAGAGCGUUCAGUAAGACUAAGAUUCUAUAUUUGGGAAUGGAAGCAUGUGAUUUAUCGCUUGGAGAUAUGAUAGAAAAGAGGGUUGAAGAAGACGUUGGACCUUUUGUUCAGAAAAAAAUAUUGAAGGUAGCUGUAGACAUUGGAAGUGCACUGGAUUACCUGCACACUAAAAUGCAAAUAUUACAUGGAGAUUUGAAGUCUUACAAUGUUCUUGUCAAUGGUGAUUUUGUUAUAUGCAAACUGUGCGACUUUGGUGUCACUGUUCCGCUGGACGAGAAUGGGGUCUUUGACAAAGAAAAAGCUGGAAAAUCUGUUUAUUAUGGUACAGAAGCUUGGAGUGCUCCAGAAGUAAUCCAUGGAGGCACCAUAUCAAACAAGACAGAUGUGUGGUCGCUGGGGCUCACUCUGUGGGAGAUGAUGGCUCUAAUGCCACCACACACACAGAUCGAUGACAGUUUAGACGAGAGCAUGGAAAUGCUCGAUGAGUCCGCUGCUAGUGAGGAAGACUUCUUCUCUGAGAGAUAUGGCACCCGACCAGCAAUACCGGCUAACAUAUCUACAGAAGAAUAUGGCGCAGUACUGUCGAUAUUCUGGUGGUGCUCGCAGGAACAAUAUCAACAGAGGCCUUCUGCUGCAGAACUGUCUAAUGCUGCCUCACAAGCGUUACAACAGUGCCAUACAAAUAAAUAACCUUGCUUGAAGUUGAUAAUGGUGUCGAUUCCGGCAUGAUUCUCUAAACUUAAAACUAAAUUUAAAAUCAGUCUCUCCUUUUCAUUCCGUAUACAGAAAGACAAAGACAGACUGUUGUCAAAUCUAAGUUUAGGUUUAAAUAAUCGUGCCAGAAUCGACACCAAUGCUAUAAUAAUAUGGAAUAGUUUACGUACUAAGGCCUAAAGUCCCUGUAGCAUAUUUGCUAAAUCUCAACCUCAAAAUCUAGAUGUAACCCAUGAUGUAUUUUUUUUAAAUCUAGUUUUAACAGAUUUGUGUGCACUUUAGGUCGUCCACUUGCAACAAAUUGACUUGACGUUUCAACAUUUUUGUACGGGUUAAAUCUAGAGACAACUAGCGGACCGGCCUUACUAAUAGCAUAAUUAUAAUAAGAAGAAUAAUGUCAUACCUGACUAGUGCCACCAACUAGUAUAAUGUGAACCGCUUCAGAUGGUUGCAUAACUCAAGCGUACACACAAUUUUAUCAUAAUCAGUCCAGCCAUUCAAGAGAUCAGUUAUUUGUACACAGAGAAGAAAUAUAUUUAAAAAAAAUGGAAAUGUAUGAAUGCUGCUGGUAUGUAGAACUUUUAUGUAAUGUUUAUUAUAUUAGGCAUUAUUUUGGAAUGUUAUAUGUUAAUGUUUCUCUAUGACUAGUUAUAAGUUAGACUGUUCAAUAGACUGAAGUUAUCAGCUGCUGCAAAUCAGGUCAUUCUUACGCAUCUAGUAUAAAACAGGAUGCAGUAAUAGAUGAAUCUUGAUUGAGGAGUUUUUUUUUCAACCCAUUUGCUUUAAAAAUGCAUUUACGGGAGGUUGUACACAUUAUUCGAGACUUAAAAUUUACGGGCCAUACAACGGAGCGUGCGGUAAAACAUUUUACCGCACGCUCCCCAUACAUGGCGCCGUGCGCCACCUUUACGGUAUUUUGUUAAACGUUAAAAGCGCUUUUAAUCUAUAGCUUAGUCUCACUUUAAUACUAAAAAGAAAAAGAGACGGAAGAUGUAGUUCUAAUUUUCAUUCACACGUGGCGCCAUUUAGAAAUGCCCGCCAUUUUCUUUUUGAAAAAAGUUUGCUUCAUUACUGUAAAUUAGGUAGGCAUACUGUACCCUAGCACGAACCAUUAUCGAAUUCGAGUAGUUUGCAAACCGAAAUGUCAAUGUCAAAUUUUGUAUCGAAACUUGAACAGCAGCGGCACAAAGUAUGUAACGAGAAGUAAAAAUCAGUACACAUUUGACAAUGACAUUUCGUACUCGCAAACGAAACGAAUUCGAUAUUGGUUCGUGCUAAGGGUACUGGACUAUGGUUAUCAUUACAUUUGUCUACUUGUUUGUAAUAAUAACCAACUUACCGGACUUAUAUCAUAAAUAUUUCCAUGAUUU